UUGUGUACCUUAAAAAUUUUAAAAGGUCGCAAAAUGAAAACCAAAUUUAGUAAAUUCUUUUUAUAAUAUCAACUUUAUUUUUUCUAUUUCCUCACUAUUCGAAAUUAAAAUUAGACGCACACACUUUGACUUUUUUCUUCUAAAAAAUCCAUUUCUUAAACCUUGCAAAUGGCCGACGACAGGAGAAUCACGAUGCCCUCAGAGGCCGAGCUGCAAGCAGCGAUCGAUUCACUAAAGAAGAGCAAGCCCGAGCUCGGGGUCCUCCGUGUCUGCGCAAUGCUGCGCGAGUCAAACCCGACAUGGCAGCUGGGCGAAAAGCGCGUGCGCAAGUUCAUGAGCACAAUGGGGCUGAUCCAAACCGACCCAUCAUCUGCCAACACCACGGGUAAAGCGGCAGAAACAGUGCCCAAGAGUUUCCUCGCACCAGGCGAUUUUGUGCGCACAGUGGGUAAGGGCCAGGUGGAAGUCAAGUACAUCAACGGGACCAAGGGCAAGGGCGUGUUUGCAGUGGGCGAUUUUGCAGAGAAGACGCAGGUGUUUGAGGAAACUCCCUUUGCAUGGUACCCGCGAUGGGACACGGUCAGCAACACGUACCAUACCAAGGGCAAUGACGAGUGCCAGCUGUGUGCGCGCACGAUCCACCGCAGCGGAUACUCUGCGCGCGACCUACUGCGGCCGGUGAAAUGCAACAGGUGCUCGGCAUGGUUCUGCUCCAAUGUGUGCAGGAAGGAGGCCGAUGCCCGGUUCCAUCAGAUCGAGUGCGCCAAGAGCAACCCGCAUUUUGCACCCCUUGCCCAGGCCUGCCUGGAGUGGAGCUGGGGCGCGCCUAUGGCGGCGGCGCGCGCCAUUGAGCGGGUUCUUUUGGAGUUCGAGCAGAGCGCGGAGCGCGGUAAGCUGGCUUGGGAGUCAAUCAAGGCGUUUGCCACGGUGCGCGCUGAUGUCAUGGAUAAGCGGCGCAAGGGCGCGUCAUGGUUCCUGUACGAGCAGGACUACGAACACAAGUGGGCGACCACCCAUGAGCUGAUGAAGCGCGCAUUGUGCCCGCCGCCGGAUGCCUGCGGACUGACCCAGUUUGAUCGCAUCCCGAAGAAAAUCUUCAACGAGAUGUUCUCGUACAAUGAGUGGCUGGGGCUGAUUGGAAAGUAUAGCUUGAACGAUCAGAACGGCGGGUUUUACCUGCUCCAGAGCUGCUUCAACCAUAGCUGCGAUCCCAACUGCGUUGUCAUGCACCCUAAUGAUGGCAUGUACAGGGCGAUCAUAAAGACGCUGCGCCCGAUCAAGGCCGGAGAGGAGAUGCUGAUCAGCUACGUGAAUCCGCGCGACAACCUUGCCGCCCGCCAGCAGGCUUUGCGCGAGUGGUACAUGUUUGACUGCAACUGUGGGCGGUGCCAGAAGGAGGUGGCCGCUGUAGCUGGGUCCGCAUGAGCGGCUUUGCCGAACAUUAUAUUAUAACGUGGUUCUCUUUACAAGCAA